CUUCCUGCGGGGAUUCACAAAACAUGCAAAACGAAAGUACAUUGGUCUCCAUUGUAAACAAUGUGAAGAAGUGUAAUGGAAAAUCACGUAAAAACGUACAUUAAAGCAGUGAAAGUAUAUUGUAAGCCCUUACAAGGAGAAAAAUACCAAACCCUUGAGAGAAAAUUGAAAGCAGUAGCUGAAGAGAUCGAUAAAAAAAAGAAAACUUCAACAGAAAUACAUACUGCAUUUUCCUCCUAUGAAGAUUAUCUUCUACAAAAUUUUAAAGAGAAAUUUGAAAGGGUGGCGAGGGAUAAAACUUACCAAGACUCAAGAAAACAUCUCACACCGCUUCCGUUGCCAGGUGAAACCCAACAGCUGAACUCUGAUGACAAGAAGAAAGCUCUUUACAAAACGAAUGAGAAAAAAGGUGGUGAAGGAAGCAAGAACAGUACUCCUCAGCCUCCUGAAAGAGGAAACAGUGGAGGCGCCGCCAAUGACGUCAAGUUUGGAAAAGAAACCUCGAAACCAUCUAAGGGAGGUCAACAGCUGAACUCUGGUGACAAGAAGAAAGUUCUUUUCAAAACGAAUGAGAAGGAAGGUAGUGAAGGAAGAAGGAAUAGUACUCCUCAACCGAAGAAAUCUGGAAAUGGAGCUCGUGUUAAACAAGGAGAGGAAGGCGUCACACCACCCAAUGAUUUACCACACAUCAAGGAGUCGGAAAAGAAGUUAACUGAGAAGGUGGACGAACUAAAUGACCUUAAAAACCAACUGACGAAUUUGGCCAAGGAGUGUGAUAUAGAUGGAGGAACACCACAGAUCAUAAUUACAGAGACCAUUAGGAAAUUGAAAGACCACCGAGAAAGGGAACGGAAAACCCAAGAUCAAAGAAAAGGGAAGAUGGCAGAAACAGAAGGCAACCUUGAAGAAGUGACGAAAUUGGUCUUUGAUGUUAAAAAAGUGAAAAAUAGUGAACAUGACAUAGAGAAAACCAAGGCUAAAAUUAAAGAUUUGCACAGCAAGGAAGAAGAACUCUUGACAUUGAAGCGAGCUGUAUCCAAUUCAAAAAAGGGAAAAGACGAGAUCCAUUCAAUGGAUGAUACUAUGAAGAGGGUGUCUGAAUUACAAAGUAAGGAAGAAGAACUCUUGACAUUGAAGCGAGCUGUGUUCACUCCAAACAAGGGAAAAGACGAGGUCCGUUCAACGGAAGAUACUACGAAGAGGGUGUCUGAAUUACAAAGUAAGGAAGAAGAACUCUUGAAAUUGAAGCGAGCUGUGUUCACUUCAAACAAGGGAAACGACGAGAUCCAUUCAACGGAAGAUACUAUAAAGAGGGUGUCUGAAUUACAAAGAAGUGAAACUGAAUUGCUGGAGUGGAGGAAAAUUACAUUUGAUGAGGAACUGAUGAAAGCUGCCUUUGGCGGGAAACAAGAUGGAAUUAAGGAUACUCUAGAAAUUGCCAGGGUAAUGGUACAGAAGUUAAAAAGCUUAUUUAAGGAUACCGAGGCAGAACGAAGGCGGCUGCUUGAUGCAGUUAUUGAUAAAGAAGGUCCCUGUAGCGUAGAUGAUGCCUUAAAGACACUUGAUUCUUUGAAAAGAGCACACGAUGAACUCAAACGUUUACUGGAAGCUGUUUGUGAUUCAGAGGACCCUUUAACUACAAAAGCAGCCGUGAAUAAAGUACAACAAUUAAAAAGAUCCGUGCGCGAACAAAAUGAAACCAUCCAGCAACAGAAAGCGGCAUGUGAACAACUGGAAAAGAACGUCUCGGAAAUGGAAAAGAAAUACAACAGUCUGAAGAGAGACAGAGAGGACAUGGCUCAGCGAUUGGAUAAUGAAAUUAAAAAAUUACAGAGAGAGAGAGACGAUCUACUGAAAAGGUUCAGUGAAGUAGCAGGAGCAAAGUUGACCCAUGAUAACCCAAAUAUAACUGACCUGAGUGACCCAAACCGUCCAAUUAAAAUCGGGGAACAGUACAGUGAGCUAUAUGACAAUGCAUGGACAGACGCCUUCGAAAAGUUGACAGGGGAAAGCAAGAAAUCAGACAGAGAAUCCACACAGAUCCUGCUCGACAUUCUAGAGGAUUCAUAUACAACUUGCAAAGAAAUAGCUGGUACAAGAUACAGAAACAUCCUGGUCGAAUUAACUCUACUGAAAUUAGCUAUACCUAAAGACGAGCCUUCAGCUAGGAAUACCCAAAGAGAUAAAAAGACGAAACAGAAUGAGAGCAAAGACAAGGUCACACUAGAGGAAAUGACAGCGAUGCAGAAAUUCUUCGACAACCCCACUCAAUCAGUUGAUAGAAAAAUUCUGGAAUCGGUUCUUGGGAAAGUUGGGCUGAGGGAAACUGACAUAAAAUAUGUCAAAAACAUGCUGAAAAUGACUUUGGAGGGAACUAGUCAUCUCGUUGAACAGUAUGUUUGGAAACGGCAGUCCGAAAAAGAAAAAGGAACGAGUGACCUGCUCAAGUUUGCAAAACCAUACCUGAAGAAAUGUGCCCGUGUUUGUUGGUUGAUGGUUGCCCAAGAUCCACCAGUUUGCUUAAAACCAUCAGAGAAAAAUGACAAGAAAUUCGACAAAGAGAUCUAUCGCGAGUUCACCAGUAGCGGAAAGAAGAUAGAUUAUGUGGUGUGGCCAGCUCUACUUCUACACGAAGGCGGUCCUCUUCUCAAUAAGGGAGUGGCUCAGCCUAAAGCAUAAUAUUGCAAAGUGUUAAAAGUCCCGUUUGAUAUUCAAUGUGUAAACUUAAGGUAUCCAAAGUAUAAUGAACAGAACUUCAUUUCUAAUAAAUGAAUAUGAUUUUGGUACCGGUAAUCAUGGUAUCAUUUUGAAAGGUUUAUCAAAUAUGAAUAACCUACCAUAGGAAUUCACAAAAUUUUUAUUUCUUCUUAAUUUAUUUCAUCUUGAAUUUUACAUUGAAGUCUAUGGGAAGAACAAUAUUUAAUCAAACAAUUUUAAAAGAAUUUGUAUUUUUAUAAAAAAAAAAAAAAAAAAAAAAAAAAUCUCUUAGUAAAGGUUACUUACACUUUCUCUUUAUAAAAAUAUGAAAUAAAAUUAAUCAUUUACCACAAUCAAUUUUAGAAAAUUAAUUUUUUUCUAAUUUUAUCAAAAGCGGGCAACUCUUCCAAAACUUUUCAAGUGCAAAAAGGUCGUCUUCUAAUCAUUUACAAGUUGUGUGAAUUUGAAUUAUUUCACUUUCAUCAUUAUUUAACAAUAUACAUCUUAAUUUGAA